GGCUGCAGCCCGGCGGGCGGCGGGGAGCCAGAGCCAGAGCCGGAGCCCGGGCCCAGGCCGGAGCCGCAGGUGGGUGCGCGUCCCGGAGUCGCCCGAUGCGCCCAGCUUGGAGGCCAUGGAGAAGCGGCACCUGCUGAACAGCCAGCGCCGAGCCCCGUGGUAUUUAGGAUCGCUGUGGCAGGAGGAAGCUAUCUGGAUCCCUCACCUGGACUUUCAGGCUGUUGAGCUGGCCACCCAGAGCAACCAUAACACCCAUUACUGCCAUGCCCAGAAGGAUCCUGGCAAUCACGGUGACCCCAAGAAGGAGCGGGCCCGACGGCAGCUGUACGUGGCCUCGGCCAUCUGCCUUGUAUUCAUGAUCGGGGAAGUCGUUGGUGGGUACCUGGCUCACAGCCUGGCCAUCAUGACCGAUGCUGCACACCUGCUCACUGACUUUGCCAGCAUGCUCAUCAGCCUCUUCUCCCUCUGGAUGUCCUCUCGGCCAGCCACAAAGACCAUGAACUUCGGCUGGCAGCGAGCUGAGAUCCUGGGAGCCCUGCUGUCUGUGUUGUCCAUCUGGGUCGUGACUGGGGUACUGGUGUACCUGGCUGUAGAGCGGCUGAUCUCUGGGAACUAUGAGAUCGAAGGGGCCACUAUGCUGAUAACAUCUGGCUGCGCCGUGGUAGUGAACAUCAUAAUGGGACUAGCCCUUCAUCAGUCUGGGCACGGGCACAGCCACGGCCACGGGCACAGUCCUAGUGACACCAGCCAGGAGCAGAACCCCAGUGUCCGGGCCGCCUUCAUCCAUGUGAUUGGAGAUUUUCUGCAGAGCUUGGGCGUCCUGGUGGCAGCCUAUGUUGUAUACUUCAAGCCAGAGUACAAGUAUGUGGACCCCAUCUGUACCUUCCUCUUCUCCAUCCUGGUCCUGGGGACCACCUUGACCAUCCUGAGAGAUGUAAUCCUGGUGCUGAUGGAAGGGACUCCCAAGGGUGUGGACUUCACAGCUGUUCGAGACCUGCUACUGUCGGUGGACGGGGUAGAAGCCUUGCACAGCCUACACAUCUGGGCACUGACCGUGGCCCAGCCCGUGCUCUCGGUCCAUAUCGCCAUUGCUCAGAAUGCAGAUGCCCAGGCUGUGCUGAAGGCAACCAGCACUCACCUCCAGAGGAAGUUCCACUUCCACACCAUCACCAUCCAGAUUGAAAACUACUCCGAGGACAUGAAGGACUGUCAGGCAUGCCAAGGGCCCUCGGACUGACCACCUGGGCCAGCCACCAACGGAAGCAUAGCCAGGAUCUGCAAGCGGCUGAACCUGGCAGGCCCAGCCAGGACUCAUCUCACUCCACUGUGCUAUAAACCAGGUUUAUAAUACCUUUCUCUAUUCUAGGCCCAGUGCAGAGCCUGCCUACCUGACUAGUGGGAUGCUUUCUGGAUUCCCAUCUGCCCCAGCUAGUCCCAGGGUGGGAAGAAAGCCAGUGUGUACAGCCAGUGUAAGCUGCUUCUUUUCCUGUGUCUACUCCCAGCAUGGCUCUGGUCAGGUCUGAUCCUCUGCUAAUGCUGUCCUAACAAAAUGGCAAAGGCAUUGAGACACAGAGGACAGGACUGGCUGCAGCUUCCUUCCCUAUCCUGCAGUUUUUACUUGAUUCUGAUUGCCCUAAUGAACCUUUAAGAUGCACAGGUACAUAACUACCUGGCAUAAGCCAUGAGGAUCUGGAGUUAUAAGGGACUUCUACACUCAUAUGAGACACCCUGAGAUUUGAAUCUAGGGGACACCUAAGGCCUGUUUGUUAGUCCAAAUGUGACUCUUUCCUAAAAGAAGAGACUUCUUACUAGAUAAAAACUUAAAGCCGAGCAUGGCUUGAGAGGACCAAAGCCUGGGGAGGAAAAAGUUUGAGAGACCCCCAUAUCUCAACAGAAAAAGCCAGAUGUAGUGACGCACACCUGUCAUCACAGCUAUGAAGGAAAGUAUAAUUGAAAAACCCAGCCCAGGGCGAUCCUGGCAAAAAGCAAGAUCCUACUUCAAACAUAAUCAGAGCAAAAAAGGAUUGGAGGCAUAUGUAGUUUAAGUGCCUGCCUGGGAAACAGGAAGUCCUAAAUCCAAAUCCCAGGGCCAAAAAAACCCAUGAAAAACCUUCCAUAUUAUAUCUAAAUGAGCCUCCUCAGUGGAAAGUAACAGUCUACAAAGGCGGCGGGGAAGCCACUUUUUCUUGAUCGCGUUCAAGGGGAUUACAGAGCCCGAAAUCAGCCAGCUAUGCUGUUGCCAGCAUAGCAUGACCUAGCCAAUGUAGAGAUGAGGGCAUGGCCCAGGGGAGACGCUGGCUUCCUGGCCUUUACAUACAUGGAAAGAGUCCUGACUUGGGGUCUGCAUUGUGUUUACAAGUUGCUAUCCGGGAGGCCCUGUCCUCAGUCUCAGAGGCAGCUAGCCCAGUUUUAAUGGAAGCCACGAGCCUAGAGUGUCCCUGCUAGUAUAAACAAGUGUCCUUUGGCCAGUUGGUCUUUCUGUGCCUCUUAUUCUCGUCUGGAGACCAAGAAUGUAACACCUACCUCACGGGGUUGUUGUGAGGACAGAGCCAAAGUCUGCCAAGCACCUGGUGGUUGUUGGAGAGUGGUUCCUUUGAUCAUCGUCCUGGAAAGAGGGUGCUCUGUGUCCUGAGGCUGCCUGGGAAGGGCCCCCAUCUCAGCCUUCCAGUCUAGCUUGACGCUCUUCUGGGAUCUGAUGGCAAGAGGAGGGGCUGGUUGGUUGCCCCUCCCACUUUUAA